AUGGCGUCCGGUUCGAAUAUUGACAUCGAGGGUGCGACCCAGCAUUUGCGGGACAUCCUGAAGCUCGACCGCACCGGCCCUGAUCACCAAUCUUUGGACGUACAGAGAAAGUCCUCUUUUAACGGAGAGCUCAAUGGGUUACUGGGAACUGCGGGACUUCUUGGAAAUGUUGACCACUCGAUCACUUCAGAACUUUCCAGGCCCAUUUCUCAAGACAUGAGCAGCUCGAAGGACUGUCAAAUAAUCUGCCUUUCGGGUGAUAAUGACUCCACUUCUAAACCCAUAACAUCUGAAAAUGUGGAGAUAGUGGCCAGCAAAGACUCAAGCAUUAACAGCAAGGCUCGGGGCAGUAACAAGGUGAAGAUUCAACCUGUUGCAAAGUAUGAUUGGGAACACAAAUAUUACUAUGGAAGACUUAUUGCUGUUUCCAACUCAUUUUUAGCUUAUGCUAUUAAAGGGGCGAACAACCAUGCAAUGAUACGUGUCUUGAGUGUUGGCUUUACUGAGCGUGUGUUACUUAAAGGAUUUACUGGAGCAGUUACAGAUCUAGCUUUUGCCCACCUUGACUCUUCUCUUUUGGGAUGUGUUGAUGAAGCUGGAAAUCUUUUUGUCUGGCAACUUACCUCUGCACCCAGCAAGAUCUUAGAGGAAAUCAUUGUUCAUAUUCGUCGUCCAGAAGAUACUCCACUGAAUCCUCAUCGUCGUCUCAUUUGGUGCCCAUUCAUUUUGGAUGAUAAUGAGGAGAAUCAGGAUGAUAUCAGUCAGACUCUGGCGCUUCUUCACGAAGAUAGGUCUGAGGUAUGGGACCUAUUAGUUCUAAGAGCAAACAACAGCACUUGGCCUAUUGAUGCAUCUGAUGUUACAGAAGGCUUGAUUACAGUGAAGGGCCACACUCAAAGAGUUAGUGAAGGAGCUCUUUCUCCAGAUGGAACUGUGCUAGCAACAGCCAGUUAUGAUGGAUAUAUCAAAUUUUGGCAGAUAUACAUUGAAGGUACACAGGACACACCACGAUGUCUCCAUGAACUGCGGCCUCAUGGAGGUCAGCCACUUUCUUGUCUUUUGUUCUGUGACAACCAUAAGAGACAAGAUCCAGAAGAUCCAUUCUGGCGCUUUCUGAUUACUGGAGCUGAUCAAAACCAGGAGUUAAAGAUGUGGUGCACAGUGUCCUGGACAUGUUUACAGACUAUCAGGUUUUCCCCAGAUCCCUACAACUCUGUACGUCCAAGUCUUAAGGCGAGUCUAGACCUUUCUGCAGAGUAUCUAAUUCUCACGGAUGUGCAACGGAAGGUUCUUUAUGUAAUGGAGUUACAGCAGGACCUUGAGAAGGGAAAGGCUAGUUUUACUGCGGUGUCAGAGUUUCUCCUCACUCACCCAGUGCUCAGUUUUGGGGUCAGAGAUGUGACGCAGAGUCGUCUCCAACACACUGAGGUCCUGCCAGCAGAGGAAGGAGAAGAGAGUUUGACUACAGAGGGCGCUCAAGGACCGGCAGAGUCAAAGUCCAGAAUCCAGAUUAAACUCUACUGCGUCCACACAAAGAGCCUACAGGAUGUUCAAAUAUUAUUUCAACCAAAUGUGGGUUCAAGUUGUGCAGAUUUCUUGGCACAGUCAGACUCUAAAGAUGUCUUGGGAUUUUUAGACCAUUUUACAGAUCAGGGCUCAGACAAGGACUCGGGGAGCGGAUCUCAAACUGAUUUGAGGAAAAUAUCUUCUCUUUCCACUUCGGCUGACUUUUUAACAAACUCAGCAGCCAAACUAAUGACUCCCGAUGCCUUUAUGACACCAAGCACUUCAGUUCCAGCAUCACCGGGGAGUAGUGCAAGCAGUCUCACCAUUGUUACAGCUAUAAGCAGUAAUUCAGACAGGGCAUUGGAUGAUGUGAGCCAGAGUCCAUGCAGAGUGGAGAACAGCAGCAGCAGCCUGGGCCUUUCUGUGUCCUGCAGCAGUCCAAGAGCUGCCUCUGCACUUCUUCCCUCGCUGGAUGGCAUUCAGUCUCCAAGUGGUCCUCUUGUUUUGGAUGGCCCACAGGUCCUUGAUCCCCCUCUUCUCCCGUCCUUGGCAUCACCGACCCGCGCCCGCUCUCCUGAUGUUAUCUCGUCUGCAUCCACUGUUAUGUCUCAGGACAUGCCAGAGAUUGCUUCUCAGACUCUGCAGCUUCAGCGUGGACUUGUGUCUACCAUAGACUCUUUACCUCUCUCAACACUACAGACAGACAGCAUGGCUUCUGCUGCCUCCGCUCUCCACCUCCUUACCUCACCACGUUCUGCCAACAGCAGCUUUUUGCCAAUGGAACUUGGAGAGACGGCUAUAUCUCAGGAGAACCUGGGUGUCUGUGCAGGAGCAACAGAAGGAACUGUGGGCCACACACCCUGGCCAGCUGCCCCUGACAUUACCAGAGAAACCAGAAACAGCCUUCGAGACAAUGGCAUAGUAGACUGUUCAAGGGAAGAGCCUAAAGAUGGACACUUGACAUCACCUUACCGCAGACGUUCAUAUCAUCCAAAUGAUGUCCAGGAUACUGUAACAGAGCAGAGUGACCCAGAUGAUGAGGUCGCCAGUCUGGCAUCUUCAGGAAACUGUGCAUCCCGUUUAUCCCACAGAAUGCAGGACUGGAAGUCCUCCCCUCGGGUGUCGCCGAAAUUAAAGCGAAAAAUCAAGAAAGAAGACAGGGAACUCUCUCAGCUACAGCAGUUUAGUCCAGGGCAGGGGAAUCCUGAAGUUCAAGAGGAGUUGUUAAUGCUAUUGCGUAACCAGCAGAGAGAGUUAAGUGAUCUGCGCGGACAGAUUGAAGCCAUGAAGAGUUCUAUUACUUGUCAGGUUGAGCAGUCUUUGAGCAGUUAUCAGGAACAAGAGCAGUGCAGAGUCCAGCGGCUGUUUAUUGAAAGUCAGAAUCAACAGCAACAGCUGCAGGAGCAUCUGAGCCAAACACUGAGCUCCUUCCUGACCAACAGGAUGGACCGUGUACUACGAGAGGAGAUCAAGAAAACUGUUCCACAGACGAUCAUAAAGAGUCUAGAGCCUGUUUCAAGUCAAGUGAACGCUACUAUAGCGGCUAAACUUACUGCUGUGGAGGUCACACUAAAAGACAAUGUGACUAAAGUGGUCAAAUCAAAGAACACAACAGAUGCGAUUGGUCGAGCUGCAGCAGAGGCAAUGCAAGGACCCAUUCAGGCAGCUUAUAAAGAUGCUUUCCAGACUGUUGUGCUUCCUGUUUUUGAGAGAGGCUGUCAAUCCAUGUUUCAACAAAUCAACGACAGUUUCAAGCAGGGCACUCACGAAUACAUUCAACAAGUUGAAACUCAUUUGAAUAACAAAAAGCAAAGGGAGCAGGAGGCAAGGGAUCCAAUGAUUGCUCAUCUACAGCAGAUGAUUGACAGCUUCCGAAAUUCCACUGAGCAGUUGAGCAACAGCAUAACUGCGAACGUCCGGACUGAGAUCCAGCACCAGGUUCAGAUGAUGAUGGGAAAUUUGCAGGAGUCUAUUCUUAACGACGUGCAGAGGAUUGUGAAAGGAGGGGUGAGUUUGGCAAUGAAGGAGCAGCAGGCAGUGGUCACCUCCAGCAUCAUGCAGGCGAUGAGGUCAGCAGCCAGCACACCUGUCCCCACAGCCCACCUGGACUACCAGGCCCAGCAGGCCAACAUCCUCCAGCUCCUGCAGCAGGGCCAGCUCAACCAAGCCUUCCAGCAGGCCCUCUCUGCAACCGACUUGAACCUUGUGUUGUACGUGUGUGAGACCAUAGACUCCCAGCAGGUGUUUGGACAGCACCCCUGUCCGCUCAGCCAACCAGUGCUGCUGUCACUCAUACAACAGCUCUCCUCCAACCUCUCCACCCGCUCAGAGCUCAAAAUCAGUUACCUGGAGGACGCAGUGAUGAAUCUGGACCACAGCGACCCCAUGAUGCGCGAUCACAUGACCGCCGUUCUGGCCCAGGUGCGGCCCAAGCUCUACACGUACCUGCAGCAGGACGCCCACAGUGCGCUGAGCAAGAGGGCGCGCCGCCUCAUGAUGAUGCUGCAGGGCCUGGUCAACCACUAG